AGUAAUUUUUGAAGUCUGACGAAGUGGAUGUGCCUAUAGAAGCAGUGCGGUCUACUGUUACUGAUAAUGAAAACAAACACAAAUUAUUUUGGUUAAUUAAACGACAUAACGGUGGUGUGUGUAUCGACAAGAACUUUUCUAUUAAUUAAACGCAAAGGCGGACUGUUGUGUUUUAAGUAAAAAUUGUUUAAAAUCGGUUGUGAAGUGAACAUGGAGGAAGACAACAAUAAUAAGAACAAACCAUACAAAAUAAAAGACGUAACGCGGAACGUAAAGAAAUCAUUGGUUGCAUCCAGUUUGGAAGAAAUAAAGACAAAGUCGGCUGAAAAGUUUGGCAAAACCGAACCUCCAACCAUUCAUCUUGACUCGGACGGCACGGAAAUCGAUGACGAAGACUAUUUUCAAACGUUAGAGAGCAAUGCUGAAUUGAUUGCGGUUUUUCCCGGAGAACAAUGGAUGGAUCCCACCCAUUACGUAACGAUAACCACACGUCGAGAAUCAGCUGAUAUGACUGACAGUUGCGAAGUGGAACGAGUUCAUUUGAAGAAAAUUGUCGGUCAAUUGAGGAACAACAUAUGCAACGUUAGUGUGCUCAGCGAUCCGGAUCUGGAAAUGCUGUCAAACAUGGAUCCGACGGACAUGGGUGACAUCGAUUUUAUCGAAACGCUUAAGGAAGUUUCAGGCAGACUCUUGCAUGAAAAACGAGAGGCUAUUGACGCAAUUGAGCUGUUAAAAUUGUUCGCCAAACAUCGUGGCAUUGCGAUAGACGUUCAACAUCAUCAUGGAACAUCGACGAUAACUACGACACCAGCCACAUAUGACGAUAACCAAACAAUAUCAACAAACGAAACGAAUGCCAAAGAUACCGCAAAUAUUUGAUACCUAAUUAUAAGUUUUUUACGAAAAAUGUGUGCUUGCAAUAAUAAUCGAUACAUUAAUAACUGGACGACGACAACGGCCACGUCAAAGACGCAAAUGGUAAGAUGAAUUUAAUUUCCAUUCUUUGGUUAGAAAUUUAUUUUGUGAAUUAAGUAUCAAAUAAGUGCAUUUUAAAGUCAAUUCAGGGCCGAAUCAGACUCGAU